UUGAGAGGGACCUGCACAUCCUGUGCACCGUCGACGGACUUCUCACCAUGGAAGGCCGCAGAUUCACAGUCGAGCUCAUGGCCGGUUAUGAGGGGGCGAUGAGCAUAGAGGAUGCGAGACUGGAGGACAUGAGAGGUGUGGUGCGCGGUGGCGGUCCCGGGUUCCCUGGAUGGAGUCAAGAUUGUGCCAGGAACUCGCCGACGGAGAGAGGAGUCGGCCAACGAGUAGACGGGCAUCCGUGGACGUUUGGUGGGAUGGACAGGCCUGGUACUGGCGGGGGGCAGCAAGGGUUUUAUGGCGUGGAUUUGACCCCGCCAGGUGGCAAUCUGCAAGGAGGGGUGCCACGUGGCGGUGUAGGGGACGGGUACGGCGAAGAGGCUGUCCAUCACACUUUGAGGGUGGAUGCCAGCUUCCCACAGUUCGACGUCAAUUCACAAGGGUGUGGUGCAUGGGGAGGAGGACAGCCGCGGCGCCGAUCGCUCGAAGUGCAGCACACGCCAUACAUUGCACACCAACCUCGGCUGUCGAUGGCAGAUCGGCAGCGUGGCCAUCCUGCUGACAAUUUCGACCGCCAAAUGACGCACCUUCGUCGUGGUCAGCAACCGCCAUGCACACCUGGCAAUGCGCCGACAGGAGGAAGAGUUGACGACUUGUCUCGGCACGGCCCAUGGCGUCCGCAUCGGGGCAUUCCGGGAUGUGGGAUGGAAUGCCGCGAGGCGACAUCUGAAGGUGGCGGUAGUGAUGCUUCGGAUAACAGUGCGAAGACAUGGCGAACAUCGGCGGGCAGGGUUCGUGGAGACGGUUUGCCGGCGACGGCGGGGAUGAGGGUGAUCAUGGAGGAAUCGACGAGGGCUCUCGUGGAUGGGCUGGAUAGAGCCUCCGGGACGCUGGCACGUGCGACGACAGAAGGGGCUUCGAUGCUCUCCUCCCAGGUUGGCGACAUCGCACAACAGAUAGGCGCUGUUGCCGGGGCUAUGCAGGAAGGGAACGCCAUUAUGGCCAACCUUGUGGCGGUUAUGGCGUCUAGGUGCACAGCCUCGCUACGGCCCACAUGAUGAACAGCGGGGAUGUAGAUGCAGAGCCGACAUAAUCGGCGUAUUGUCGC